AUGACGCUGAAAAUGGUUGAGAAGAUCCUGCAGGUGUCCGACGAGCUCAACUUAGGCUUGCGGACAGAUGAUGUUACACAUCUGGGGCGAAGUGCAGUCUUCCCGUUCUCCUCCCCGCCGGCUUUGUGCGACGAGGAAAGGCUGCUUCAGCAAAUUCUGCUAGAAACCGGAGAUGCGUUCGCCACUUCGUCUGCGGCACGGGACUUUGCAACGGCCACACUGGUGCAGCAUGGCAUUGGAUCGAAGUCUUUUCUGACCCUGGGCGAAGGUGACCUCGAGCAGAUGCAUUUCGACGACACCGAAGACGAAGUGUUGGCAAGAGCACGCGACUUGGUGGCGAAUGCAAUGAUGGAGCCGCGGCGCGUUGAAGCAGUUUCCCUGUGGAUCUCAGAAGAGCUGCUAUGCCAGGACGUCCUCCAUCAAGUGUGGGAAAAGCUGAAGCUGAAGGCAGAAUGGGCGGAGAUUUCAAGCCGCUGGAGCCAGAACUUCACGCCGCCACCGCGCAAGUCGAAGAACCAGAAGAUGCGGCAGAAGGAGGGUUUAGGGUUUAGGGGUUUAGGGUUCAGGGUUUUGGGGUAG